GACAAAAAAGUACAAUGGGCAGAAAACUUGGAGGAAGUUCGUUAUUAUGUCCCUCCAAACAACUUGCGAAAGAGCUUCAAGAAAAAGAUGACGAAAAUACGACGCAAAGCAAGCGAAAUCACGGACAAGCCCCUCCGCAUCAUUACAAACAUGGGUGAACUCAGUGCGAACGCUGUUCAUAACGGGCUAGAAUUUAUACUUCGACAUGGGCAAAGUGGUUCAUUUGACGCCGACCGUGUUACAUACGAAGAUUUGAUCAAGGAAUGGGAUGAGCUCUUUGAAAAUUUUGCUGGUGCGAAUGAGGAUUCUACGGACGAUGAUGAUGAAGAGGUAAAUCAAAAGUAGUCUGUUACCACUACAUGGUCAUCCUUUUUAACGGUUUACGAAGAGAUGGUCGCGGUAUCCAGACUUUGGCGCUGAUAAAACCCGAAGAAGAAUGUGGUAUUCUUUUGACCGGAUAAUUUCAGUAGUAAACCAAGAUAUAAACUUUGCCCCAAAAGGAGAAAAACAGCCUCGAAGAACUGGGAAGAAUUUUUAUUUGUAACAUGACGGUUACAAGACAAAAAAAAUCGUUUCGCCCGGGAGAAGAGCAUUGGGACCAUUGCCAAUUCAACUUGAGCAGAAAACGAAAUUUUAUAUGAACUGAACACUCUGAUUUCGCUGAAAUUUUUCUUAGCAGACUAUUAUAACCUCGUAUUUAAAAAGCCAAUCAAAUUGUGAAUAUUACAAGUACUAUCGAGGCAAAUCGGUAUUUUGGAGCUAUUUGUAAAAAGAAUAAGUAAAUGCUCGUAUUUUUAAUAACGCUAUUUUUGAGUCAUUUUGCAUCUGAAAGUAAAUUAUGUUAAUCUUUUGACAAAGAGAGUAGAAUACUUAAUGACGUCGAUGCCGUCGCGUUCUAGCUUAUUUAUGAUCGCCUACAGUAUGUAUCUGAAAUAAUAUAUAUGAUAUAAAAACAGCUAAAUAUUUUCAAAUGAAGAAAUAUAAAAUGCCAUACUGUAAAAUAUGAAUGAGUUUCGCAGAUCGAGAAAUUGAGAAAAGAAAAGUUUUUAAUAAAAUAUUUUUCGUGUCAAUAACUGCUGUGUCACCCUCUUUUACCAUAACAAAGAUACCCUGCAAGCACAGGCCCCUCGCUCUUCCUGGAUACUGCACGUGCAUUCGCACGCGGAUCAAAAACAUGGAAACAGCAUCCCUUAUUUAGUAUGAAAUGUAUUCAACCGUUUAACUUCUCAAAAAAUCAAAAACGUUUUUAUGUGUAAAAACCCAAAGUAAACGAAACAUAGAUCGAGAAUUGCAACAGGAAAUUUGUUUGAAUAUUUGUGUUCCAAAGAAGUUAUAUAAAUAUCACAUUACUUUUGGAGUCUUCAUAAUUGCCCCUGGGAGUGAAAAAGAUUAAAUUUCGCUUUGGAGAAAAAAAUAAUUUUAAAUUAAAGCCACGAGCUAUAAAACCUUUCAGCUUGUUUUAGGCUCGAAACACAUAUCGUUUCGCGAAGAACUACCUUCCCUUUUGCUUGAUAAGGCACGACCGCUAUAAAGUGCAGAGAAAACGAAAAAAACCUAGCUGACCCAAAUUUCGACAAAUUGAAUACACAUUAGUUAGUAAAUAAUGAAGGAAACUUAUUUAACUCGUCCAUUGAUUUAACAAACGAAUAUAUUUAUCAAAUUCAUCACAUACAGUUUCGUGGCAUCUAGUUUUGGGCAAUAAAUGUAUUAUAUUUAUGUAACGGUAUAGGCAAUAUCUUGUAAGAACAACACACAUUGACGUGGAUUGAACUGAUCGAUGGUACAAAUCUUGGACCUGUGUGUGGGAGCCGCCGUUCUUUCUUCACUGCUUAGUUUUAAGCCUUUUUGUGAAAUUCUAUAUCUCCUGUCGUUCGAUCUUCUAAUGAAAACUUUUAACAAUGUUUCCAAUAUGUUCGAGAAAUUUCCGACCCUCGCCUCUACAGAUUCUGUUCAAGUCGUUUUCCUUUGUGCAAUUAAUAGCCGAAUUAAAUAAAAUUUACGACUUAAAGAUCUUUACUGUUGAUAAUCUUGCAGUUACGUAUACGAAAGCGUAGAUGAAUUAUAUCUUCUCGGCACCUGGUUUAAUUUGUAAGAGGAAAUAAAAUGUUGAUCACCUGGUCCGACUCGAAAAAUUGUGGGCUAUGAAAUAUUGGGCAAUAUUCAUCAACCGUAUUCGUUAAGUAUUGAAACCAUUAGCCAUUAAGUCAAUGGCAAAAUGACUAUUUUUUUCCCACGAAAAUGUAUUUCAAAAGGUGAGUAUGUCAUUUCUUUUCUAUUUCAUUGCUUUUGUUUUCGCCUUAAACCGCAUGGAGAGUUUUUAUGAAAAUCGCUACACCUGCCGUAAAAUGAGUUGUAUUACCGCUGACCAUCAGGAAUAUGCAAGCUAAUCUUAGCUAAUAUUCUUUUCUGGGAAGAAAAAUAGCAGAACGUUGUUAAUGUGCUAUGGAUCAGUAUAUAUAUCCAGUAACACACGGCUAGCCGAAAAAUCAAGGGUAAAACGUAGCACUGAAUGUUGAAAUGGGUCAUUAAGUUAACAUGCCUAACUUUGUUGCUAAAAAGAAGAUGGGGCUUGCUCCAUCGAGCGACUCUCAGCUUGUAAAGCAAAAGCACUCUGCUUCAGCAUUGGUUACAGCAUUUUGAGCAAAAAUGUAGAAAAGUGCGUCCCAUUCGCUUAAAUAUUUAUGACACAGAGCAAUUUAUUAUCUACAAUUCUCACCUCCAAAUUAAAAACUUGUGACUCGCUGGUUUAGGUUCGCGUGAAAGCUACACAGGGGGGUUUGUUUGAUUUGUGUUUAUUUGCUUUUUAUUUUCGAGUUACUCAAACACCAGGAUACUUCAAAUUAAAACUUGCACUUUACAGUAACGGUGUUUUUUUAACAUAUAUAUAUAUAUAUGUACAAAUGUAAUAUGUAGAAUGUAUUUUCAAUCGAGUUUAGCUUAGAAAAUUGUGAAAUAAAGUCAGGGUCUCUUUUGGCUUAGCUUGAAAGGCAUCCGCAUCAGUCUUCGGAGUUAAAAGUGACUUUGCUGGAAUUAAAAAAAAUAUAUAUGGAAAUUGCUACAGAUCGGAAUGCCAGAGAUACUCAUCAGUUGUGGGAAAAGACGAAUGUUUCCGAUGUGGCAUCGCCAAUUCUACGAUGUGUGCCGAGCCCGCCAUUUACGUACGCGAUGACGAAAUCGCCAAAACGACCCGAAAUUGAAAGAGAGAAAUGAGAACUGGCUAUAAGAUCGGCAUCCUUGGGAUACUUGGGUGGGCUGAAUAGGAAAAUUACCCAUGAAGCUAAUGGCACAAAAUUGACUGAAGGCGUAGGUGUUAUCGUAAAGUGCGGCUUUGCUGUAAGAGAACAGCUGAGAGAAAACCGUCCUACGCUAGUAGGAACAAUACUGAAAAAGGUUUCUUAAAAUUGAAUAUGAUUAAUCUGUAUUCGACCCAAACGAACAUCAAUUUUGUCCACGGCGAAUUUCGUAAAAGAUAAGAAGUAUUGAGCAGUAAUAGCUACUUCGUGAAGUGAAAGAGAAUAGCUAACUAGUGGGUUGAAAAUACUUUCUCGAUGUUUCAGGCAAUUUUCCAGGUCGCAAAUUUAGAUGACAAUGACGUCAUAAAUCCGAGGACAGGAAACUGUUUGCACAACGGGAUGUUAUUAUUAUUUUUUUAAAAAACAAUAUAAUAAUAAAAAUAAAAAUAAUAGUAAUAAUAAAACAAUGAGCAAUCUAAGUAAUAACCGGUUUUUUCCUGACCGACUGGCAACGCUUUAUUUUCCUAAAUAAAGAAGAAGUGUCAUCAAAUUGUAACAGAAAUGUUUGUAUGUACGUAUCAAUACCAGCUCAUUAAUUAUAGUGGCCUGGUCUUCUUAAAAGUUUCUAUACCAGUACAUAAAAACUGAAUUGAUGUACUAUUUGACCAUAAGGAACGAGUAAGAACAACAUUCAGUAAACUCUCUGUAAGACGCACACCGUCAUUGGGAUCGGCAUCAUGUGUCCGUUCGAAAAAAGUUCGUCUUAGGGUUGCUUUCAAGUAUCGCGUAAUUUUUUACGUGCGUACCAGCGUAAAAUUUACGUUCGCAAAUAAAAUAGCCGGAGAGGCAAUGCAUGAAAGGUCGUUCGUACAUGUAAGGGUAAAAAUCGAACCUCGCUCAACUUCUCGUUUAAGUUCAGCACUUUUUAUUUUGCCUUUAUUUUAUUUACGUGAUUAAAAUUUACGUGCGUUAACGUGUGUAGCCAAAAUCGCGUCAGUGGAAAUCAACCUUUAUUGAGAGGUGUCGGUUAAGGUGAUGUUAUACCGAACGAUUGGCAACGACGAUAGCGCAACACAGCGUUGCAAUGUUGGAGCAAUGUUGUAACAAUUCAAAACAACGUCGCAACAACGUUGCAACGUUGUGUUGCGCUAAAAGUCGUCGUUGCGAAUCGUCUUGUGUAACAUCACCUUUAAGAGAGAGUUAACUUGGACAGAAACUGAACUGGUCGGUUAUUUAAACGAAGUCCAACUUAGGCCGCGGUUUAGGAAAAAAAAUCUUUGGAUCUCCAAGUCGCUUCCUUAGUGGGUUCGUUUAAGAAGACAAAUCGUUUUCUUGUCCCUUUAUAUGCUCUAAUGAAACUGUUCACAAUAAAUGGUGUUUACAUGAAAGCGUUCGGCAAACUGAAAAUGGUUAACGCCCGUUUGACUAAACUCCGUUUAAACAACUGGCCCAAUGUGUUUGUUUGUUUGUUUGUUUGUUUUUUCAUUCGAAAACUUUAAUGAUUUUGGUUUAUUGCCACCUUAGAGAGUGAACUGAUGUCUUACGCUUAUUGUCUGGUUGUCAUUUCCUUCAUAACGAUCGAAACUGCCCUUUCAAUAACAUGAUUCUUAGGCCCCGUCCACAAUGAGAAUCUGUACAUUUUGAAACCGCAUAUAUGUUUAGCUGGAUUGUUGAGGAAGAGGCCUUACACCAUUUUGGAGAGCGGUUUCAAAAAGAUGUGAUUUCGGUGAGAGAAUUCACUGGUUUCGUGUGGACGAUCGGAGGGUCGAUUUGUGUAUCAAAAAUAUGUGGACGUUGCCUUAAUCCUUUAAGCCCCAAUAGCCACCAACAUCAAUUUUCUCCUAAAGAUAUCCAUACAAUGACAAGAGAUUAAUUUAUGAGAAUAAAUAAAAUAAUCACCUAAGAAAAAAAGCUUUGAUUUUUAUUAAAUUCUCUCAACUUAUUCUUUAAAGAAAUGUAUAGAGAUCAGUUGGAGAAUCUGCACGUUGAUUUUGAGGUUUUCAACGGUUAAUCACAACCGUAGUAUUUUAAAAGAUGGCGUCAGACCCUUGCCGUUUAUGGGCAUUUGAAAUACUUGAGGAAGUGUAAAUAGUUGGAGGCCGAUGGUAAUUUACAGUACGUAUUAAUUUUUACAAUGGGCAAAAUUUAUUCAAGUCUGUCGCUCAAAUGUAUUAUUAUCUGUGUCAGAUUUCAAAACUGAGAGUAGAAAUUGAUUGAUUUGAAGAAAAAAAAAAUCAGACAUCACCAUUUUAAAGAAAAAUGCCCACUAUUCAUUGUCUGAAAAAGUAAAGCCAAUGAAACGAAAAUUAUCAAGUGACGAUCUGUCUUAAUAAAAAUAAUUUUUUCAUCAUUUUUUUAUUUUUAUAAAAAAGUCACUUAUUUUGGACAUGUGGUUAAAUUUUGUUAUGAAUUAAUUAGUCACUGGUUGAAAAGAAAUUAAUUUUAAGAGGUUUUUACUCUGAAUUUCCUGUUUUAGGCGUUUCUCGCCAUAUAUAGUUCAUGGCAAGGAAAAGCAAAUUAGUCUCUUUUAAAAAGGGUUUAGUUAUAACAAAGCUUGUUGUUAGUAUGCAAAUUAUUGAUUAAGAUGAACAUUUUUAAAGCCACUGCGCUGCUGCGAGUUCAUCAAAAUUCUGGCUCAACUAUAGGCAUCGAUUACGCUCUUUGAUAGCCGUAACCACUGACGCACCGAAGAAUUUUUCGAGUUUUGACGAUUCAUUGUUCACAUCCUCUUCUUUAUGUAUAUCCUGAACCUUUGACAGAAGUAUGCCCUUACGCAGGUCUACAAGUUGUGAGUUUACCAGCUUUUCACACGGAACUGAAUACAACUCGGAGGGUGAAAAGAUCAAAGGACGGCGUAGCAGAUCUGCUCGUAAGAAGAGCGUUCAGUGGUCGGAGGAUCUAGAGGAAGUGCGAUAUUUUUCGCCACACAGAAGUAGGAGCGAAACUAUUCGACGAAAGUUCCAAAAGGUAAAGAAGAGAGCAGAACACUUCACAGAGCAACCUCUGAUGCGAGUUUUCAUGAAUUUCCGCGAGUCAAGAGUAAAGCGAUUGCGACUUAUUGGGCAACAUACAAACUGUUUUUCCUUGGACUCUGGAAUGCAGAGUUUCGAAGAGUACAAUAAACAGUGGGACCGUUUGUUUGAGAUGUAUUCAAGU